AUGGCGGCUUUCGCUGGCUUACUACCUCUGCUCCUUUUCGGAACCAUCUUGGCCGAGGAAACCGCCGAGGGAGAGGAAACGCCCGUGGCGAGAAGCAAAGGGCAGGGGAACUACGGAGAUUACAACUUUGCUGGGGAACUCUACAACCAUGUCAGUUCCACCAUGGACGGCAACCGGGGAUUUCUGAUCUCGCCACUGGGGGUUUCACAGGCCCUGGGACUGCUUCUAUUCGCAGUGGGUCCAGAAUCGGCGGCUGAAAUCGAUGGACUUCUAUACCCGAAAGGGGCGAAUGCCAGUGGCCUGGCUGCCCGGCAUCUUCUGCAGAGUGGGGAACUGACCUACGCGACAGUUGCUGCACUGCGACCGGAUAUCUAUAUAGAUCCCGGAUUCCUAAAGAAUGCUGCCGAGCUGGACUCGUACGUUUACAGGUCGCACUUCGCCAAGCGGGACAUAAAGCCCUUCAACAAUUUUCUGAAACUUAAAACCCAGAGAAAAAUCAACGUUGGUCUGCAGGACUUACUAGACGACUAUAAUCCAGCGAAUCGCUUGCUGUUUUUCAAUGUCCUGGACUUUAAGGCGCAGUUUAAGUAUGCCUUCCACAUUGAAAAGCGAGCUCUGGUUGCCAAAAGGAUCUUGGCUUGGUACGGAUCCAUUCCGGAGCUGGGGACCCAAGUUGUGGGACUGGCUCUGAAGGAAUCCAGUGCGCUCCUGUUGAUCCUGCUGCCCAUUCCUGAGGCGAAUGUCGAGAUGGUUGGGGGCAGAUUGCGCACAGUGGAUGUGCGAAAGCUAAGGAGCCGAUUGAAAAUAACCCUGAUGAACAUCAGUUUGCCCAAGGUGGACACUCGGCAGCUUCUGAACUUACGAGAACCUCUGCGAAAAGCCGGAAUAAUCACUGUCUUCAACAAGACCACAGCCGAUCUCAACGCCUUCAGGACUGAGCUGCCGUUGGAUGACGUUAUAGUUUACACAAAAAUCAACAUCUUCAGCCAGGGCAUCAAUGCGGGAACUUCAAACUCCACAAAUAGCGAGCAAAUCGCUCAGCAGGAGACAGACAACGAGCGGGCUUUCGCCCAGGAGGAGACACCCUUGCAAUUCGAGGCUCUUAGGCCGUUUAUUUACGCGGUCGUGGACUCGCGACAUGUCUACCUGAUGGGUCGCCAUUUCCCGACUUUGUGA